UCAAAUCCCGUCCCCCUUCCCGACCGUUGGCCGCCACCACCCCUCCUCCUUCCGAGCAAUCAAUCAAUCCAAUCCGAUCCGAUGCAGAAGAGCCAGGGACCCAAGUCGACGGCGCGGCGCCGCCCACUGCGCCUCCUCUCCGGCAACAGGACGCCCCACCCGGCGCCGCCCGGAUCCCUCCGCCGCAAGCCCGCCGCCGCUCCCCCCUCCGCCCCCGCCGCCGCCGCGGCCGAGCCGGCGCUCGACCGCCUCCUCCUCGCCAGCUCCGACCUCGCCGGCCUCGUCUCCCAGAUUGACAAAUUGGUCUCCAGUGCCCUCCAAUGCGAGACUAUAUCGACAAGAGGGGAACAAGAGAUAGAAUCCUUCAGUUGCUUCUUAUCGGAAACUAAUUCUUCUUUGAAGCAAUGGUCUUCCAGACUUAAGCUAGCGCUUAAAGCUUCUCCGGCCAAAAGUGAAAAUGCCUCCAAGCACACCAUGGAAACCUGUUCAAAAUCUGCUGCAAAAGGGAGUGACAAGUUGUUUCCUAGCAACAGCAUCUUACCUCCAGCAGGCCCGGCAGUACCGCCUUCACAAGAAUUGGUCUGCAGCAGCAGCAACAACUUACCAGAGAUCGAUCUGAUUGUCUCGCCUUCACCUCUUGUUUCAUGGCGUACUGGGGCAUGUAUGGUCGACAGUGGGAAGCAGUUAUUUCUCUUGACACCACUGCCAAAAUCAAAAGCACGCUCAUCCAUGUGCCCAACUUCAUCAAAAGCACAGUUGAAGACAACUGCCAGCAUGGAUGAGCUGAAUCUUCCCAAUUUACCUGUUUGGAAACUAACCAUUUCUGAUGACAACCGCCCUGAUCUGGAGCAAAGUGUGAAAGGAAUGGAAGCAAGGGCUGGUGUCUCAACACCUCAUCCUAGAAAAGCAAAGAAAAGCUCAUCAGAGGACAAUCUGUUUUCACCUCUUAGCUUCUCAAUUCAGAAGAGCAGGAGAGCACCACUGCCUACUCCUUGCCCGAAGACAGCAUUGCGAGGUAAGCAACAUGUGUUCUCUCCGAUAUCAGAGGGCUCAAGUAAGGAUGGCAUUAUCAGUGCUGGAGCAGCUGAGAGUGAAAAACCACCAUCUGGAACCUCUGAUGAGAUGCUGUCUGAUGGGAAGGAUCUGGCAUCAAGGUAUCCAGACAUGUAUGGGUUUAAUCAACCUGCCGGAGACAGGCGCCGAAUGGAAGAAGCUGAUGUGGCUCUUGAUUGGUUCCUGUCACCCCUCAAGACCUGCGUGCUAAUGGAUCCAAGUCCAACAGAUGAUAAGCCUGUUCCCCUUCCAGCAAAGGAUAACAAAUCCGUGAUAGAAAGUCCUUGGGAAGGCUGGGAAAGAAAUAAUAAGCUGGAGGGAAGACGGAAACUUUCAGAUUGCAAUCCUAUCCAAACUCUAUCAGUGCAUAGCAAGGCCUUGGUUGGUACUCCUCGGAAAGGCCUGGAAAGCAAGAAUGACCUGAAGGGAAAGCAGGAACUUUCAGAAGACAAACUCAUCCAGACCCCAGCAGUGCGCAGCAGGGCCUUGCUUGGCACUCCCUGGAAGGGCCUGGAAAGCACCAACCUGAAGGGAAGGCAUGCCGGCGAAACAACUCUCAAGAAGGAGCUCUGGACAAGAUUCGAGGCGGUCUCGACCAACGAGCUGCACCUCGACAGGUCAGUCUUCCAGAAGCCAGAUGGAAGGAGAUUCAUCGACAUGCUCGAGGAGGCUGAAUGAUUCAGUCUAGCAGCAGGAGGGCACUUGUUAUUUUCUGGCGCAGUAGCUGUGGGAUUGGGGAGUGAAACCCAUCCCUACGGUCUAUCAUGGCACAUCAUCAUGUAUGAGUGCCCGGAGCCAAAACUGCAGUGAUCUAGCACACUAUAUGCAUUUUUGCACUGAUUAUCUUGUGCAUUUUUUCGAUGCCAAACUGCGUACUCCUGCCAGAACUGUUGUGUAGACAUGGACAGCGUUGAACUGUCGAUUCAUCCCAGUCACAUAGGGGGUUGUUUGAUACAAGGAACUCGGGUGCUUUUGUGGGUGAAUUGUUUAUGUGCUUUAUGUCA